UUUUGCUUUAACGUUGACUUUGGUGAUUUAAUUUAUCUUGGCGUGUUUUAACCCGUUGUCUGGCUUCACAUUCUCAGCUUUAUUUUCCAGUUACUCUAACAUGGAACAAGUUCCCUAAAAUUCCACAGUUUUUAUUUCCCAAAUUUAUUAAUUUCCUGAUUUUACAAUUUGUUGAAUUUAUUAUUUUGAUGAGUUUAUUAUUUUGAUGAAUUUAUUACUUUUUCGCAAAUUUAUUAUUUCUUCUCAAAUUUAUUUUGUAUUGGUUUUAUAAUUUGUUUGUAAAAUGUCUAUGAAUUUGUUCCGUUUGAGUGGCGACAUGUGCCACGUGGUCAGUCUUCUGCUACUCAUCUGGAAACUCAAAACCUCCAAAAACUGCCUCGGAAUCUCAGCCAGAAUGCAGGAACUCUACCUCAUCGUAUUCAUCUGCAGAUAUGUUGAUUUAUUUUUAUACUUUAUAAGUGUGUAUAACACUGUGAUGAAGGUUUUGUUUAUUACGAUAACUUCCUUUUCCAUUUACCUCAUUCGCUUCAAACCCCCGAUCUCUCAAACCUACAACCGCAAAAUCGAUAAAUUCUCCUACGAAAAAUACCUCCUAGGACCCGUCCUACUGUUAACGUUGUUGACUACGAAGACGUACAAGGUGUUUGAUGUGUUGUGGACGUAUUCGAUAUGGUUGGAGAGUGUGGCGAUAUUGCCGCAGUUAACGAUGUUGUAUCAGCAGCGUGAGGUUGAGAACAUAACGUCGCACUACGUUGCUACCAUGGGACUUUACAGGGCAUUGUACGUUGUCAAUUGGGUCUAUCGCUACUUCUUUGAAAACCCGCCGUACGUCUGCAUUAUCUGCUGGGUCGCAGGACUCAUACAAACGGCGCUCUACGUGGACUUUUUCUACUACUUCGCUAAGUCAAAGUGGUACGGGAAAAAACUCGUACUACCCUUCACCGGAGACGUUUAA